AUUAAAUCCAAACUACUAAUCUUUCACUCAAACCAUUCUUCAGUCCUAAAAAUAUUUUCAAUUACUCCCAUAAUAUAAAUUAUUUUCUAGCAAUUAAGCAAAUGAGUAUAUUACCUCAUUUUCUUGUUAUACCAUUUCCAAUUCUAGGACAUGUGAACCCCCUUAUGCAAUUCUCUCAAGUUCUAGCCAACUAUGGAUGCAAGAUCACUUUUGUACAUACCGAAUUUAACCAUAAUCGAUCGAAAACCGGUGGUCCUAGGCAAGAAAAUAUAAAAUUGGUGACACUCCCAGAUGGUUUGGAACCUGAAGAUGAUAGAAGUGAUUUAAAGAAAAUUAUGUCAUCAAUGAAAAGCACCAUGCCUAAUAAGCUUCCAAAGCUUAUAGAAGAUAUUAAUGCUUUGGAUGCUAACAAUAAUAAGAUUAAUUGUAUUAUUGGUACAUUUAAUAUGGGUUGGGCCUUAGAAGUGGGUCACAAAUUGGGAAUCAAAGGAGCUCUACUUUGUCCAGCUUCUGCCACCAGUUUGGCAUGUGCUGUUGGCAUACCUAAACUCAUUGAGGAUGAGAUUGUUGAUUCUGAAGGAAAUCCCACCAAAAAACAAGAAAUUCAAAUCUCCCCUAAUAUACCUAUAAUUGACACAACAACCUUCCCAUGGCAUGGCCUUGGUAAGUUCUUAUUUGAACAUAUUGUGCAAGAGAUACAAACUAUAAUUAAUUUUGGAGAAUGGUGGAUUUGCAACACUACUUAUGAUCUUGAGCCAGGUGUAUUUUCCAUAUCACAAAAAUUCCUACCAAUUGGUCCAUUGAUGUCAAAUGACAACAACAAAAGUUCAAUUUGGCAAGAAGACACAACUUGCUUAGAUUGGUUAGAUAAACAACCACCUCAAUCAGUCAUAUAUGUUUCUUUUGGUAGUUUGGUUGUAAUGGACCAAAAUCAAUUUAAUGAACUAGCUUUAGGACUUGAUCUCCUAGACAAGACUUUUCUUUGGGUUGUACGUCCUAGUAAUGACAAUAAGGUAAACUAUACAUACCCUAAUGAUUUUCAUGGAAAUAAAGGUAAAAUUGUUAGUUGGGCACCACAAAGAAAAAUAUUGAACCAUCCAUCUAUUGCUUGCUUUAUAAGUCAUUGUGGUUGGAACUCUACUAUAGAAGGUGUACAUGCUGGUGUACCUUUUUUGUGUUGGCCAUUUAUUUCUGACCAAUUUCUCAAUAAGUCUUAUAUUUGUGAUGUGUGGAAGAUUGGACUUGAAUUAGAGAAGGAUGAUAAUGGAUUUAUAUCAAGACAUGAGAUAAGGAAGAAGGUGGAUCAAGUACUUGGUGAUGAUGACAUAAAGACAAAGUGUUUGAAAAUGAAGAAAAUUACAAUUAAUAAUAUAGAAGAAGGUGGCAAGUCAUCACAUAAUCUCAAGAAGUUCAUUAGUUGGGCGAAUUAUUAAUUUUUUUUUUAUAAAGUAUUUUUCAUUGUUUAGAAUAAGUGGUGUUCUUUGUUCCAAAUUUGUUUAACAAUAUGAGGACUCAAUGAACGAUCUUAAGGACAUAAUGUGGCUAGUCAUAGUAUUCAAAUUUGUUUUGGUAUGUAUUAUGAUUUGUAGUAUGAUUAAACAAUAAUCGCUCAUAAUAAAAUUGGGUAAUGAUAUUGUUACUUUCGGCCAAAAAAAUCUAUUCUAUUUAUCUCAUGGCUGGUUCAAUAAGGAAGCUUACAUCGAAAUGACCGUUCAAUUAAUAAUAUUGUCAUUCUUCAUCAACAUG